UCCGGGCAGAGGGGCGGGCUCUACGUCACUUCCUGGAGACUGGCUGAAUCCGGAAGUGAUCCCAGAGGAACGAGUUGUGGCUGAGGACCCCGGCGGCAGGCCCAGGUUCGGGACCAUGAGCUGGAUUCCUUUUAAGAUUGGGCAGCCCAAGAAACAGAUUGUGCCCAAAACAGUGGAGAGAGACUUUGAAAGGGAGUAUGGAAAACUUCAGCAGCUGGAAGAGCAGACCCGGAAGCUGCAGAAAGACAUGAAGAAGAGCACCGACGCUGACCUGGCCAUGUCAAAAUCUGCCGUGAAGAUAUCCUUGGACUUACUCUCCAACCCCCUCUGCGAGCAAGACCAGGACCUUCUGAGCAUGGUGACAGCCCUGGACACGGCCAUGAAGCGAAUGGACGCCUUCAACCAGGAAAAGGUGAACCAGAUCCAAAAGACUGUGAUCGAGCCCUUAAAAAAGUUCGGCAGCGUCUUCCCGAGCCUCAACAUGGCGGUGAAGCGGCGGGAACAGGCCUUGCAGGACUACAGGAGGCUGCAGGCCAAGGUGGAGAAGUAUGAGGAAAAGGAGAAGACGGGGCCAGUGCUGGCCAAGCUCCACCAGGCGCGAGAGGAGCUGCGGCCUGUGCGGGAGGACUUCGAGGCCAAGAACAGGCAGCUGCUGGAGGAGAUGCCGCGCUUCUACGGCAGCCGCCUUGACUACUUCCAGCCCAGCUUUGAGUCCCUCAUCCGAGCACAGGUUGUGUACUACUCGGAAAUGCACAAGAUCUUUGGAGACCUGACCCAGCAGCUUGACCAGCCAGGCCACUCCGAUGAGCAGCGGGAGCGGGAGAACGAGGCCAAACUCAGUGAGCUCCGGGCCCUCUCCAUUGUGGCCGAUGACUGAAUCCCCGUCACUCUUGGACGACUCCUGUGACACGGUCAGCCUCGCUCGUCCUUGCCCUUCUCAGGGCUAACUGCUCCUCUCACAGGCUGGGGACAGAGGUGGCCCUGGUUCACUUGCCGGCCCUUUGCAAUGAGUGACUCUUCCUGAGCCUGGCACCAGGAUCCCUAGACAGGCCGCCAUCUCCCCACUCACAGCCCCAGCAGGUAAGCAGUGUAGACAAACCCUUGGGGCUUUUUUAUUUGGAAAACCGUCCAGCAUGCAUCCUGGCCCAUGGCCUGAGCAAGCUGCAGCCCUUCUGAAGCCAUGGGCUUUGUCGGCUCAGUUGGGGGUCUUAGCCCUGCAUGCAUUGUGGGCAUCAAAUCUACCUCCAAAAGACCCAUCCUGGGGAGCCCUCUGGCCCCUCGUUGCCUUUUCACUUAAAAGCCUCUUUUUUCUGGGAGAGGCCCUGAACCCUGCCCAGGAGAGCUGUUCCUCCACCCUGGCAGGCCCUCAGCCAGCUUCCCAGCAAGACAAAAGCUACCCUCGUGACUUUGGGACCCAAGUCAUUGGGGUUCCCGAGGUCACUGAGAACUGUUACCUCGGGACCUCAAACUGUCAGUGGAACUGUCCCACCACACAGAAUGUCCCACAAGAAUUCGCAGGUCUCAAAGCAAAACAGUGGGUUUGUGUCUCACCUGAGUAUUUGGAAUUUUAUUUUUUCAAGUAAAGUUUUCAAUGAAAUGUGCACAUGGUAUUGUUAUAACUUAGGGCGAGCAGGGGAAAUUCUCUUCCAGGGCCUGCUGCCCUCCGCUGCACAGCAGCACCCUCCAGCAGGCAGCCCAGCACGCAGGGGUCUGUGUGUGCCUCCCCGGCCCUGCCCCACCUUUUGGAGUGAACUGCACCGUGGUCCAGCAGAGAUGCUGGGUGGAAGGGCACGCACGCAAGCCUAGGAGAGGAGUAGGAAGAGCUGUGGAGGACACGCUCGGUUUGUUUUUGACUUUGGUUUAUUUAAAAAACAAGCCAAAAAAAAAAAAAAAAAACCAA